AAACAAUGGGUCGUAUGGAUAUUUAUCCUAUAUCUUUAGUGUUGCCAUCAAGGCUGCAAGACCUCCACUUUUCUUUAUACGUGUAAACCUAGCACAUAUUCUCCUUCUUUACCUUACCAAGAGACAAUCUUAACAAGAUUUGAUUUGGAUACCCUCCCCCCCCCCCCCCCCCAAAAAAAAAAAGAAAGAAGAAGCUAAUCCAAGUUGAAACCUCAACUUGAUUUCCUUGCUUGACAUGUCGAAUCCUUCAAAAUCUUCGCCCGUGUCAUAUGAUACUGUAAGAGAUGUGUUCUUGUGGAGGAGAAAGAAGCUGAGUUUAUUGGUUCUUCUAGUCUCAACAGCUUCAUGGGUUUUGCUUGAUGUUUAUCAAUUCAAUCUCAUCACUGUUGCUUCAUGGGCUGCCAUGUUUGCUGUUACUUCACUGUUCCUUUAUGGCAACAUAGCCAGGUUUCUCCGCAAAAAAGAGCCAGAUUUGUCCGGCUUGGAGAUUUCAGAGCAGACAGCUAUUGAAGCUGCACGCUCCGUUCGACAAUCGAUAGAAGAGGGAGUUCGAUGGAUGUGCCAUGUGAGUGCAGAGAGAGAACUGUUUCUCUUUGCUCGUGUAGUUGCUGCUCUGUGGUUUCUCUCUUAUGUGGGAAGCUUCUGGGAUUCUCUGUCACUUCUUUACAUAGAUAUAGUGGUGGGCAUGACUGUUCCUGUGAUAUAUUUAAAGAACGAGGAUAAGAUAAAGAGGUUUGAAGAGUGGAUGAGAAUGCAAGCAAGAAGAUUGUGUGAUCUGGUAGAUGAGAAGGUUGUCAGGAGAAUGAAGAACCGAGUGGCUAAAGUAAAAGAGAACAAGGUUGACUAAUUUCUCCGUUAGGAAAGAAAUAAAAAUAAAAAUAAUGUGGAAGAUACGUCCUUGUAAAUUAGUACAUAGUACCAGGAUGAUGCCAAUGUUUGUAUAACAAUAAUCUAAUGUAUUUUUAGUUUUUGGUAUUUGACAUU